UCUAUGCACCACACAACAACGCAUAACAAUACACGACACAAAAGUCAAACUUCAAGAGAAACUUGAAGCGCCUCCCCGCUCUCCUCUGAUUGGAUCAUGUGCGCGUUAUUAGCUCACACGAGUUCAACACCAUGAUGUUUUGAGCAUCAAAUCCUUCAUCACACACUGACGGGACAACUCAGAUCCGUGACUCGUGUAUGGCCCCGGUUGUCGCCAUGUCUACUGAAGAUGCUAGUUUUAAACCUGGGGAUCAUACUCGCGUAAUUAUAGGACUUAAAGGAGAGACGCAUGCCGGAGUGGGUGUGGAAGACGACGGAGAGAAACCCAAGAUUCUUCCCUUUAGCGUUGAAGCCCUGAUGUCAGACCGGAGACCGAGCAGCUCACAUGCUGGGACAUCACACCCCCUCACUCAAGAUUCGGAUCGGUCCACCGUUCGUUUCUCGAUUGACGUUUUGAAAGUGCAAGACGACGCGCCGCUGAAGGCAGAGAGCCCAGAGUGUGCGGAUCGGAGUGCAUGGAUACAAAAUCCCCGUUUCUCUCCCAGGCGUCUCAGUCCUCCCGCGUGUCCCCUAAGAAAACAUAAAACCAACAGGAAGCCUCGAACCCCGUUCAGUACGUCGCAGCUGCUGGCGCUGGAGCGGAAGUUCCGUCAGAAACAGUACCUAUCCAUCGCUGAACGGGCCGAGUUCUCCAGCUCACUGAACCUAACAGAAACUCAGGUGAAGAUUUGGUUCCAGAACAGACGAGCCAAAGCCAAGAGGCUCCAAGAGGCCGAACUCGAGAAACUGAAGAUGGCCACCAAGCCGAUGCUUCCUCCGGCCUUCGGCAUUUCGUUUCCACUGGGCGCUCAGGUGUCCGCCUACACCGGAUCACAUCAGCUCCACAGGCACUCGAUGGCUCCAAUGGGACUGUACACGCACAUGGGAUAUAGCAUGUAUCAUUUAGCUUAAGACACCUUGUUUCUCAGACUGAUCAGACAUUUGGCUGCAGCUCUUAGCAAUUCCGUUCAGAUAAAAUUGGAGCUGAUUCAAUCAAAAGGUGGCAUUUAACACGGCCUGCACUUUCACAUAGUAAUAAGUCAAAGGUAGGUUGGGUGGAAGCAGUCCGUAUCUCACAUUUGCAUUCAUAGCAAUGCGUAUAUGAAACUCAUGAAUGUUUUGAACCUAGCAUUUAAAAAAAAAAUAAACAACAGUGACUGUUGUUUUAAUGAUUCCCUUUGAAAGGGAACUGUUAAAUAUUGUACAUUUGGAUGAAAAUACAUUUUAUACUAUGAAUAUAUUUGUUAAAUAAAUUAACAAUAAAUUGAAUUUUUUAUUAGUUUCCUUGUCUUUAAAGAUUGUCCAGAGGCAGAUUCUGUAAAAUUAUAUGUUAACGUUUACGUUUAUCUCACACAUCACAAUGUGAUAAUCCAGAAGUGUUAGGCGCUUUACUCCUAAAAUUAAAAAAAUAUAUACCUAUAAAUGUACUAAAACCAAAUUCAUUGUAACCCUUACGGAAAUUAACGUUUUUUAUUAUUGUGGUAAAAGUGUAGUGAUAUUUUUGCGUGUAUUGAUUACUCGUUAAAAUUCUGUAGAAAUUACAGUAUUACUGCCAGCUGUUUGCCAGUUACUUACUGUAGAUUUAUAUUUUUGUUU